AUGAGCGACCUCGACAAGGCGAUCGCGCAGUUGCGCUCAUGCCGACCGAUCCCAGAAGCCCAGGUCCGCGAGAUCUGCCACAAGGCGCGGGAGCUUCUCAUCGAAGAAGGAAACGUCACCACUGUGAUGGCGCCGGUAACGAUAUGCGGUGAUAUUCAUGGCCAAUUCCACGACCUGAUGGAGCUGUUUAGAGUGGGAGGAGACGUCCCAGACACAAACUACCUCUUCAUGGGCGACUUUGUCGACCGUGGUUUCUACUCACUAGAGUCCUUUCUCCUUCUCUUAUGUCUCAAGGUCCGAUAUCCUGACAGAAUGACGCUCAUCCGCGGCAAUCACGAGUCCCGACAGAUCACCACCGUGUACGGUUUUUACGACGAAUGCAUAAGAAAGUAUGGCAGCGCAAAUGUUUGGCGAUAUUGUUGUGAUGUAUUCGACUACCUUGCUCUUGGCGCGCUGGUGCUAGGCGCGUCAAACACUCUGUCGCCUGGCGAGCCUGUCGACGACGACACCGAAAUCGAAGUUUGCGACCAGAACGGCUCUAUCAUGAGCAGGUUCCCGAGGCGCAAGCCUGGAGAGAGCUCACAGGAGCAAGCGCAAAGUCCAGGGGGCACGACGAUGGACAAGACGGGUCCUCCAGGCUCAGGCGCCUCAGGCUCCAGCGGCGGUUCUGUUGGAAACUUGGCUGGCGCCGUUCUGUGUGUUCACGGCGGCUUGAGUCCCUUGGUGGACACUGUCGACAAGAUUCGCCUAAUAGACCGGAAACAGGAGGUCCCUCACGAGGGUGCCAUGUGCGACAUCCUUUGGUCAGAUCCUGAUGAGAUCGAUGGUUGGGGUCUCUCGCCGCGAGGCGCAGGCUUCCUAUUUGGCGCCGACAUCGUCAAAGUCUUCAACCACCGCAACGAUCUCAGUCUCAUCGCCCGCGCCCAUCAGCUCGUCAUGGAAGGUUUCAAGGAGAUGUUUGACGCAAGUAUCGUAACCGUCUGGUCGGCCCCCAAUUACUGCUACCGGUGCGGCAAUGUUGCUGCCGUUCUAGAGCUGACCGAGGACAAUUCUGGCAUGGGACUGUUUGCCCGCAGCAACGGCGAUGUCGGCCGCAGCGAUGGCGGUGUCAUGGUCGAGGGCAGCUUACCGCCCAGGGAAGGCCCUGCAAGGCGCUACCGUGUCUUUCAGGCCGCGCCGCAGGAUUCUAGGGGCAUGCCGGCCAAGAAGCCAGUGGCGGACUACUUCCUUUGA